UCUCUGCUCUGAAUCAUGUCUUUCAUCAGACUGGCACAAAGCUCCGAUUUCCCCAUUCAAAACCUCCCGUAUGGCGUGUUUUCUACUCCAGACAAACCUAACCACAGAUUAGGUGUUGCCAUUGGAGACCAGAUUUUAGAUCUCAGUGUUAUUAAGCAUCUCUUUUCUGGACCAGUUCUUUCCAAGCAUCAGGAUGUAUUUGAUCAGCCAACUCUCAAUUCCUUCAUGGCGCUGGGCUACGAGUCUUGGAGGGAAGCUCGAGCUGUUCUGCAGCAACUCCUGUCAGCCAGCGACCCCACACUGCGAGAUAAUGUGGAACUGAGAAAAAGAGCAUUUGUGCAGCUAUCUUCAGCUACCAUGCAUCUUCCUGCAGAAAUUGGGGAUUACACUGAUUUCUAUUCUUCGCGUGAUCAUGCUACCAAUGUUGGAAUGAUGUUUCGAGGAAAGGAAAAUGCUCUCAUGCCUAACUGGUUGCAUUUACCUGUUGGUUAUCAUGGACGAGCAUCAUCUAUUGUGGUCUCCGGCACCUCUAUCAGAAGACCAAGCGGACAGAUGAGACCGGAUGAGACAAAACACCCUGUGUUUGGAACCUGCAAACUCCUGGACUUUGAGUUGGAAAUGGCUUUCUUCAUUGGUUCUGCUACUAAGUUGGGAGAGACCAUUGCAGUGUCUAGAGCCCAUGAGCAUAUCUUUGGCAUGGUUCUUAUGAAUGACUGGAGUGCUCGAGAUAUUCAGAAAUGGGAGUAUAUUCCCCUGGGACCCUUUCUUGGGAAGAGCUUUGGGACCACCAUCUCACCAUGGGUUGUACCAAUGGAAGCUCUAAUGCCGUUUGUGGUGCCCAAUACUGUGCAGGAUCCCAAACCUCUGCCGUACUUGUGCCACAACGAUCCUUACACCUUUGACAUCAACCUUUUUGUGUCCAUCAAAGGUGAAGGGAUGGCUGAAAUGACCAACAUUUGUAAGUCUAACUUCAAGCACAUGUACUGGACCAUGAAGCAGCAACUCGCUCAUCAUACUGUUAAUGGGUGUAAUGUACGACCUGCAGAUCUGAUGGCAUCUGGAACUAUCAGUGGUCCCACGCCAGACAGCUUUGGCUCUAUGUUGGAGCUGUCGUGGAAAGGAACAAAGUCGGUUGACCUUGGCAAUGGACAAAAGCGCAAGUUCCUUCAGGAUGGUGAUGAAGUCAUAAUAACUGGCUAUUGCCAAGGUACUGGAUAUCGAAUAGGAUUCGGACAAUGUACUGGAAAAGUGCUUCCAGCGAUUCAGAUGUAAUGCAUUGGGCAUCUUCUGAACAGGAUCAAAUGAGGAAUGCUGCCUAUUUUCCAAUAAUGCCUGAACAGUUUAAUUCUUGCAAAUGUCAUGUUCCCUCAAUUUAAGAAUCUAUCUCAAUCGCCAAAGUAAAUAGUAACAUUGCUGUGAAUAUUUACUGAUAAUAGUAUUCUGAAUAACCCACAAGGUCACUUAUUAUUAAGCACUUGUAGAAACAAAAACAAAAAAGUAUAACUCUUAAAUAAAAAUUGCCAUUUAAUCUACUGAUUUUUUUUUCAACGGCAAUUUUUACAUCACGGGACACAAAAUUAAUCCUACAAGCUAAGAAUCAGUCAAAAAAAAUCGUCUACUGCCUUGUAUUCCUAUAAAUACCGUAGAAUAUUUCUGCAAUGGACUAAAAUAUUGGCAAAAGCAGUGACUAUUUGAGAUUUAGUCCCAAUGUUGGGUUAAAGUGCAUUGAUUGGGUGUUGAUAGAAAGAACACAGCAUUUCACAUGCACUGCUAAGGAGCAACCCUGUCUGAGUGUCUGAAAUCAAUAUAAAUUGCUCUUCAAUUGAAAUGACUGUCUUUGCAGAGUUAUUCUGUUCUAACAAUUGGCACAGAGCAAUCAAGAGCAGUGCAUUAAAUUGGAGCAAGGAAAACUCACUAAUAUUGAUUUUGAUACAGCCAUUGAGACUGCUUAUAAAUCUAAGCAUUAUAUUAACUACUACAGCAGAGGAUUGCACUAAUGUUAUGGCCCAGAACUCUUAACAUUUUAAUAUGUAUGUUGGGAAACAUGAAAUUAUUCUAAUUUUUAGAAUAUAGUUGUUUUUAACAAAAUUACCAGAAUUUCGUCAAGGUGGGUAAAUACUUGUCGGUAUUGAAUAUCGGUUGCAGUGAGAGCAUUCCCAUAGAUGUCACUGUGCUUUUGUGAUGGAGCUGACUAGAUAAUGAAAUGUAUCUGUUUUAAAAUAGUAGGGAAACUUACACAGCACAAUUAUGUUUUCAGGUAGGAGGUAUCUUCAUAUGAAAUCUUUGACAAACUCCGCCAUGUUUUUGUAUUGGGGUUUAAUUUGCAACAUGUGCUAACUGUGCCUCCUGGCUUGUGAAUAUUGAUUGCAUGGAUUUGUCAACUGUCAGGAUUUGCCUUUUACAGAUCUCAUAGUUUAGUAUUCGUAAAUUGGAAACCAGCAAUUAGUGCAUUGAAUUGUCACACUAAAAUUGCUUUCAGAUCCAAUGCAACAACAACAACUUGCAUUUAUAUAGCCCCCUUCACACGGUGUAGUGUCCUGGAGUGUUUUUACCUCCAAUGUCCUGUGAACUCGAGGCACAAUAAAUCAAUGGUGAUUUCUCCAUUACAGUUGGUUUCAAACUAUCCAAAGCACAGGUGACCACAGCACUACUGGAGUCCUGUAGCUCAGUGGUUAGAGCACUCGCUGUGCAAGCGAGAGACCUGUGUUCAAUUCCAGGCAGCGCGAAACCU